AUGUCAAAGUCUAGACACAUUGCUCAUAAUAAGCAGGCUCCAGCUGCGAAGUUAAAUCAGCGUAUAGCCGAAGAAGCACAGCUGCUUGCUGAAGAGAAAUGGAUAAUUGGAGCUUUGAAGAAAAUUAAAGCUCAAAAAAAUGGUUUACAGAUUGAACGUUUGCAUUUGGAGAGUAUGCGUGCAAAAUUACUUGAAGUCUUAAAUCCGGAGCAAACAAUAGAAAUAUCAGUCCCUGCUAGUACAGCGAUCAACACGGAUGAGGAAAUUCAGGAGACUGCUGCAAAAAUACCAAAUGUACAAGAAGUUAACACGUGUUUUAUGGACAGUGAGGAUGGGAGUCAACAGAAUUUGAAUAAUGAUGAGUUAUGCAAUACAGAAGAGCUUAAUUUGUCUGUAACGAAUUCUAUAUUUCGUAGUGAGCCAUAUGGUGCAGCAUGCGAUGAGGAGGAAGAGGAAGAGGACAUGGAGAACUGUAUCCUUGAUAUGGACAUGCUUAUGAGCGGCAAGUGA